AUGAAUGAAGAAAAAGAGGUUGAAGAUGAGGAAACAAAGAAAGAAGAGUUUCUGAGAGAUCCUUCUUGUGCAUUGAACAUCGAGAAACUGCUUGAAACGAGAAUUCACGCAGCAAUUCAGUUGCGUAGGAGUUUGGGUCUCCCCUCUGCCAAUACAAAUGCAUAUCGUCUUGUUAACAGUGAAGGAGAUAGGUUGUCAGGCCUUAUUAUUGAUAUCUUCGGAGAUUUAGCUGUAAUAGCAUCAUCUGCAGCUUGGGUGGAGAAGUACAAACCACAGAUAAAAGCUUGCAUUAGUGGAUUAGAUGGAAUCAAUUAUAUAAGCUGGAGACCAUCUAUUGAGAUCUUAAAAGAAGAAGGAUUGUAUAUAUCAGAUUCCAAGGAAAUAUAUCCACCUAGUCCUCUUGAAAGGGUAAAGGUUAUGGAAAAUGGUAUUUCUUAUUUAAUUUCAUUGGAGGGCCAGAAGACAGGAUUUUAUGCUGAUCAGCGUGAAAACCGUCAGUUCAUUUCUACAAUUUCAGAUGGCCAGAAAGUUCUUGAUAUGUACUGCUAUAGUGGUGGUUUUGCUCUGAAUGCAUCACGUGGUGGUGCUAUGAAUGUCACUGGUGUUGAUUCAUCAUUGCCUGCUUUGGAGCUUGCCAAUGAAAAUAUUGCACUUAACAACUUGGAUCCAGGGAAAAUAUCAGUUUUGAGAUGUGAUGCUACUGAUUUUAUGAAGGACGCUCUUUCUAGGAAUGAAACAUGGGACAUCAUUAUCAUGGAUCCCCCUAAACUAGCACCUCGAAGAAAGGUUCUACAAAGUGCAUCUGGCAUGUACAGAAAUUUAAACUCAUUGGCGAUGCAAUUAACAAAAAGGGGUGGUCUUCUUAUGACAUGCUCAUGUUCUGGAGCUAUGACCCAAAGCGGGACGUUCUUGCAAACACUUCAGGCUGCUGCAUCCAUUGCGGGGAGGAAAAUCACAGUUAUACGUCAGGCUGGAGCGGCUUAUGAUCAUCCUAUUGAUCCGUCAUAUCCAGAGGGAGCUUACCUUUCCAAUAUCUUGCUUAGAGUGCUGUGAAACUCAAUUCACCUCUAGGCCGGUCAUCUGGCUAACCAUGGAACCAGUUGGUACCAAUCUUGUUCCUUGAGCACGAACUCUGUUCAGAUGAAGAUGAGCAAAGGACCAGACAGAGGCUGCAUUCGGCAAAACAAUUAGUGCUAUGGCCUGAGUCCUACUCAUGGUGGACCUAGUCGAAUUGGGCACCCAAUUGUGGACUUGUGGCCAUUUCCCCAUUGUUGUUGUAGGCAUUGAAAAAUUGUGAAUACCUUCUCCCACAUUACGAGGAUAAGAAAAAAGAAAAAAAAAAA